CCUCCGCGCUCGCCCCUCUUGAAGUUCUGAGGUGAAGCCAGGAAGGAAAACCCUAAACCCUAGAAUCCAUGCCGGCCGGUGCCUCUUUGAGAAUCCGUCGGAAUCAUCACCGUCUCGUUCAUCACCGAGCAUCGAACUCCUCGUGAUUCUCAGAAUCGUGACGACAAGGAGGCAUUUGUCUGGGAUAAAUUCUUGUUUUUAUUUAAAGGGAGACAAGAGGAAGCUUGUGCGAGAGUCGGUUUUUUUUCUUUUCUUUCUUUUCUCGGGGUUUAUGUCGGAGAUGGAAGAGAAUGACUCCGAUGCUCCGGAGGAGCUCACGGUUGAACAGGGCUUUCAUCAGGAUGAGGAGAUAAGGAAGAUCCAGAAAGACAAUAAGGCCAGAGUUACUCGUGAAGGAAAAGAACGCCGAAGACUGUGGGCUCAGAGGAAGACACCUAGACCUUCUAAAAAGCCCAAGGAUGGCCAAGAAAUUGCAGAAAAUGGAAUUGAGGAGGAUGGCAAUGAGUCUCCAGAAAGGAGAGGAAUGCUUCCGAAUGAGAUUGUCAACCUGCUUGCUGCGCGUGAGAAGCAAGUUUUCUUGUCGGACUCGGAGGAUGAAAGGGCUGAAACCAAGCCUAUUUCACGAAAGAAGAAAGUUAAAGGAUCAGGGUCAGGACCAAUUAUUUUAAAGGAGAUACCUCCCCCUCAGUGCUUACAGAGCUCCCUGGAGUUCUUGAAGAAAAGGAAGAUGCAGGUUUCGAGGUCAUCCUCCGUUUUGAACAACCCAAACCAAGCCUUACGGUAUCUUUCUAAUUCCGGUGUGUUAAGCAAGAAAUGAAUAUGCUCUCCAAUUUUUUUUUGUAAUUUUUGGUUGGAAUAGAACUAGGGAGAACUCAUGUGAUGAUAGGUUAUUGGGAGUUAUCCUCAGUGUUGAGGCCAUAGCAGAGAGAUUUUUGAUUGGACGUGCUGUGUCAUAGUUGUUCCUUGACCAUCCCUGUUCCCCUCUUUUCAAAUUCUUAAAUGUUGAAGUUGUUUAAUAACCAUAUCGAGCCAGAAUACCUGCCUUUUCAGCAUUUGACAGUAUCCGGCUGUUUGUUAUGUACUCGACACUCUGUUCAAAUGAAUGAUUAGAAUAGCAGUUGAUGUGUAACAAA